AUGCCCUUACAAGCAGACGGAACCGCCAUUGUACAUCCCACCUUGCCCAAAUCCCUGCUCCAAAAAUUGCGAGCAGACCCGCGAACGCUAGCCGAUAACUCUAUCAUCUUCACAGAACAGUUCGCACCAUAUCGCAUAGCUGUUCUAGGCCAUGGCACUUCGCCCGAGGUCGCAGUUGUGGAUCCCGCCGAUUCUCGGACUGUCGAGACUUUGGGUAUUGACCCUGUGGCAUUUUCUCGCGUAGCAACCAUGUUGGAUCGCACGUUCAGUGCAGAUGAUAAGAAAACAUGGCUCCAUUGGGCCGCUACUCGUGCCGAUCUCCACCUUGCGUACGAGGCCAUCCGUUUGGGGGUUGGAGUUAACUAUCGGGAUCAGGCUGGAUCUACUCCCCUUUCCACCGUUUGUACACAGAUUGCACAUAACGUAGCUCUCAUCGGAAGGUUACCGCCAGAAGACUUUAUUCUCUAUUCGACUCCUGCAUUAUCUAUGCCGAAUUUCUUAUGGCGCCUCACGCGUAUUGCAAUCCUUCUGAUCGAGCAACGUGCUGAUGUCCAGGCCUGCAACUCCGGCGGUGAAACUCCCCUCGUACUAGCUUGCAGGGCGAAGAAUUUUGACCUCAUCGAGUGUCUCUUGCAGCACGGCGCCGAUCCAUCCAUCUUGACAUCCUCUCAGCUGAAGCAGAACUUCCCUGACUCUUCAGACUUACGGAAAUACCAUGUUCUGGUUCGUACCAAGGCCUCUUCUAAACGACCUCCUCAGCCCUGUCCAUGCUGGUCCGGAAAGUUGCUUGCAGAUUGUCAUGCUGCCGGACCGCAACCAUAUCCUUCUUACUAUCUGUGCAGAUGCGGAACAAAUAAAACAUAUGCAAAAUGCUGCGCCAAACGAAGCAUCAAUAUCACGGAGGAGUGGCAGGCCUCUGAGCAAUAUCUCUUAUCCAGAACCUCGAUACGGACCUCCGGGUUUAGUAUCGACCCAGAUCUCCUUGAUACAUUCAGCGAUUUUGUCGAUUUUAUGAAAAAAUCGACGGACCAGGACCGUGCACUCGACGCGGAGUUGGGGCUGGCUUGCCUUCGACAGAAGAUGAACAUACUCAAUGACCUAAUACGUACCGGGCGCGGCAGUCCCGCGUUUUUGUUUGCCGCUCGAGACCUUCAAUUUAUCGCAUUGCCGUUUGGAGAUACCUCUCCGCGGGCGAGGCGUCAAGAUCUUAUGGAUACUUGGAAUGCUGCAGUUGAUAAAUACAUUGCCUCCACGAGUGCUGGUGCAAAACGAGUGGAGAUUGAGAGAGAAGCCAAGGUCGGCGUUGACGGAGGGCCUCUUUUCAAGUACUGCCAAGGCGUUGGCUGCGGUCAAGUUGAGGAUGUAGCUGGAGUCAAGCUCAAAUGCUGUGGCCAGUGCAGACGAACGUUCUACUGCAGCGCUACCUGCCAGGUUGCCGCCUGGUCAACACACAAGUAUUCAUGCAAAAGCGAGCAUGGAUUACUUUCCGACCAUCAAAUGUUGCCGACGCAGAAGCUGUAUAUCGAGGAGAUGAGACGCGUAUCGGGGGAAUGCAUGCGCAGAAUCAGGGAGAUGGGCGAUUUCAAUGAGGCACUGAAGGGAUCGCUUAUGGACGCAGGCGGGGUCAUCCUAUUGAUGCGUAAUACGCUGGAUACUUGGAGAGUCCGUCCUGGGGACCGGACUGAUCACGAGUCGCGCACUUUUCCUCGCGGGUAUUUUGAGUGGGUCAACACGGAAGGGUAG